AGACGACAAUGACUACGGAGGACGUCUGCAACGCCGUGCGUCAACUUAGAAAAGAAUUAAUUGAUGACUGGUACCUUACAAGAGUUAAAUCUGAGUGCAAUGUCGAUGUAAAUGGUGACCAAGUUGUUCCUUUUAAUACAUUUGCUUUAAAAACUUCUAUUCCUCGGAUUCCCAGGUGUGAUAUUCUAAGAAAAAUAGAAAAUAUCAUAUUAAAAAUUUUGAAGUCACUUGAAAAGGGAAUUAUGCCUUCAUUUGAAUACGCUAAUCAUUCUUCAUGGGAUAAUAUCAAGUUCUCAGUGGAGUUUGGAUUAGAAACGAUUAUGGAACCGAAAACUUCAAAAAUAUCUUUUGGUUCGAAAAGAUCAAGAAAAAAAUUUGAUCUGUUAUUAAAGUUACUGGCAAUUAUAUACCAGCUUGUUCAAACUGAUGCUUACAGAACUAAAAGGGAUAUCUACUAUCAGAAUGUUAACUGCUUUAAGACACAAUCUGUUCUUGACACUUUACUUAACAAUAUAUCCCACUUACUGGAAGUGCCUCGUUGGGAUCUACAUGUUCUCUCAACAUCUAAAGGUUGCAUUGCUGGAGAUUUACAAUUCCAUGAUGCAAAUGGAAAUUUUAUAUGUUGCAAGAAUACAAAAUCUGGGAUCAUGUUGCCAUCAAAUGUUAUGGAAAUUAACAACAUAUAUACUCAUGCCCUAUUUAUUUUAGUAGUAGAAAAGGAUGCUACAUUUCAACAUCUGUUAAAUUAUGGAAUCAGUGAACAAUUUCCUCAUAUAAUUAUAACCGGUAAAGGAUUUCCAGAUAUUAAUACACGUUUGCUUUUGAAAACUUUAUGGAAUGAACUUCGCAUUCCUGUAUUUGGCUUAAUGGAUGCUGAUGCUCAUGGAAUUGAAAUUAUGUUUGUAUACAAGUUUGGAUCAAAGUGUUUAUCAUCUGAAGUGGAGUCUUUAGCUGUACCUACUCUUAAAUGGCUAGGACUUUUCCCAAGUGAUAUCAAAAGACUUGGAAUUCCAGAAAAUCAGCUGAUUCCUGUUACUGAAGCUGACAUUGCUAAAGCAAAGUCCUUAAAAAACAGAUCAUUUGUUAAAAGUAACAGACUUUGGCUUCAAGAGCUGGAAAUUCUCUUGGAGCAGAAACAAAAAGCAGAAUUACAAAGCUUAAAUGACUUCUCUUUUACUUUUCUACCAGAAGUAUACAUAUUACAGAAAAUAGCAAGUAAAGGUUGGUUAUAAAUAAUAGUGUGUGUUUCUUUCCCAUAGGAACUCCCAGCUAUUAAUUACCAUAUAAUGCUACUUUUGUUUAAAACAUACUGCUAAUAUACACUGAGUAAUAAAUAUUGGUUUCCAUGGUGGUGAGCUGGCAGAAUUGUUAGCAUGCCAGGCAAAAUGCUUUACAGCACU